AUGUUAACAAAGGCAUAUAGUGAGUCUGCUAUAAGUAAAACAAGAGUUUACAAGUGGUAUAAGAGUUUCCAAGAUGGCCGUGAAGACGUUGAAGAUGACGAACGCCCCGAACGCACAAGCACAUUAACAACCGAUAUAAACAUGGAAAAAAGAGGUAGACCUAUUUUGGAUCUUAUUUAUGUCGGGCAAUUUGGUGUAUUGGAACACACCAAAAACAAAAGACACCUGAGCUUAUAUACUGUCCACCUAAGUCAAGAACAUCACGUGAUUGCCGCAAUCGUCCAAGGUGACUUUAAGGAUAAUUUUGUUUUACAGGAUUCAGGUGAAAGGGGCGAUGAAAACAGCCUCAUCAUCGAAAGGAUCCUGAUCCUUAUCAGGAAUAUCCUGUAUGUUCCUGCAGAUCCUAUGGCGGAAAAAAGGACCGACAAUGACGCUAGUGUCCACGACCAGGUGUUGUGGGCUCUGCACCAGUCGGGAAUGUUGGACAUCAUGUUGUACAUGACCAGCUCAUCGGCGGAACAAGCCUACUACAUGCAUCUGCUGGAAAUUUUGUCUUUCAUGUUGAGGGAACAAAAGGCAUCGGAGUUGGCCAGCGCAGCUUUGCAGAGAAGCCAAAAUGAAAAGAUGAGGGACGAGGCAGAACUUUUGUCGAUAAGGAACAGAGAAAAUAACCAAAAAAGGCUGAAAGUCAAGGCCUACACUGGAACAAGACACUCUCGUUUCGGUGGAACUUACGUGGUAAAAACCAUGAAGGGCAUAGGCGACAACGACCUAGUCUACCACAAACCUCUCAGCAAAGCGCUGAAUUUCGACGUGGACAAAAAGAAGCCCAAAACGCCCAAAAAUAGGCUCCCCAUGCAGGGCUGCUUAAACGAGCGCAGGUCCGCCUUCAGCGUUAGGUUGUUUUUGAAGGAGUUCUGCGUGGAAUUUCUGAACGGGGCCUACAAUACCAUGAUGUACCAUGCCAAGGAUAAUUUGUCGAGGUCCAAAGCGCAAGCUCACGACGAGAGCUACUAUUUGUGGGCCAUAAGGUUUUUCAUGGAGUUCAACAGGUGCUACAAGUUUGAAGUCAAGUUAGUAAGCGAGACGAUGUCGGUCCAGGCCUUUCACUACGUGCAACAGCAAAGCGAAAACUACUUCGACCUGAUAACCACCGACAAAAAAAAAUUCCGCCUCUGGUCGCGCCGGCUCCACCUGGCCCUCUUGGCCUACAGAGAGCUCUUCGCUACGCUCCUGCUGAUGGACAAAUCGACCGAUAAAGCGGUGAGAGAUUCAUCCAGAGUGCUCAAGAGCAACAUCUUCUACGUGCUAGAGUACAGGGAGUUUGUGCUUACCUUGUUGGUGAAUUAUGACGAGCUGAAGAUGUCAGAUGUCUACUUGAAGGACCUCAUCGAGACGCAGCAUAUUUUUUUGAAGAUGCUCGAGGCCUUUUGCAAGCAGGGGACUGUCAUGUUCCAGAAGAAAGGAAGGGCGAAAAAGAAGAAGAAACAAAAAGCAUUGGAAGUAGAAGUGUUUCAAAACAAUGGUAUUGAUCUUUCGAUAAACAAGUGGGUUGUGGUUAGUUAUGAUAAGAAUUUUUUUCCCGGAGUUGUGUGCAGUUUAAAUAGUCAAGACUACAAAAUUAAAGCACUAAAAAAUAUUGGAGAAAAUAAAUACAUUUGGCCAUUACCGGAAGACAAAAUUUGGUAUUGUAAAACCGACAUACUGUUCAAUAUUUCACCUCCAAUAAAAGUAACCAAAAGGCCCUUGCCUUUAGAUGUUAAGGAUUGGAAUUUAUUAACUUCUAUAAGCAACGAUUGA